UGAUCUAUGGGUCUACUGGAGCUACCCACUUCGAUCAAUUAGCUAAGAUUUUGACCGGAUACGAAAUCACUGGUGCUCGAUCUAGUGGUAUUUUUAUGGGGAUUCUAUUUAUCGCUGUAGGAUUCCUAUUCAAGAUCACUGCAGUUCCUUUUCAUAUGUGGGCACCUGAUAUCUAUGAGGGUUCACCCACCCCGGUUACAGCAUUCCUUUCUAUUGCGCCUAAAAUAUCUAUUUCUGCUAAUAUUUCACGUCUUUCUAUUUAUGGUUCCUAUGGAGCUACAUUGCAACAAAUCUUCUUUUUCUGCAGCAUUGCUUCUAUGAUCUUAGGAGCACUGGCCGCCAUGGCCCAAACGAAAGUGAAAAGACUUUUAGCUCAUAGUUCUAUUGGACAUGUAGGUUAUAUUCGUACUGGUUUCUCAUGUGGAACCAUAGAAGGAAUUCAAUCACUACUAAUUGGUCUCUUUAUUUAUGCAUCAAUGACGAUAGAUGCAUUCGCCAUAGUUUCAGCAUUACGGCAAACCCGUGUCAAAUAUAUAGCGGAUUUGGGCGCUCUAGCCAAAACGAAUCCUAUUUUGGCUAUUACCUUCUCCAUUACUAUGUUCUCAUACGCGGGAAUACCCCCGUUAGCCGGCUUUUGUAGCAAAUUCUAUUUGUUCUUCGCCGCUUUGGGUUGUGGGGCUUAUUUCCUAGCCCCAGUGGGAGUAGUGACUAGCGUUAUAGGUCGUUGGGCGGCCGGAAGGUUACCACGAGUAAGUCAGUUUGGGAGACCGAAGGCAGUUUUCCGUGCACCGGACACGUAGCUUACCGAAUCCGUUGCGACACAGAUGGGAAUGCAUGCUACGAAGGAUAGAGUCGAGUCUGAUACAUCAACCGUCUACUCAAUAUCCUUGUACGAGUCCACAAUCACUACACGAGAUGAACCUUGGUUUGGUGAAUUGAAGUUGGCCUUAGGUGUAAUAGGACUCCCAGUUACUGCGCGCGAUCGUAUACUGAGGUACUCCCUGCCGGUUGUUGGAACGACGCGAGCCGGGCCUCGAUUCAGAAAGAUGAAGGGCCCAAAAGUUUAAAUAGGGGGUUCCAAAUUCCCCAUCUCAUUGAGGGCGGAAACGAAUCGACAUCUCGAUGUAAUACAGCCUUUUCUAUUUUAGUUGGGAAAGAACGGUGAAGUCCAUCCCAACCGUCCAAUGAAGAAUAAGAGGAGAGCGUCAAUGGCGCGCGAAGCGCAUGCGGAACGGGCACAAAGAUAAAUUAAAUAAGUGUGGAGGAAAAGCAGCCGAGCUCAUUCCCUUCGCUUCCUGGACCCAAAGCAGUGCAUUUCUGGCCAAAUCAAGGAUUUGGGGCUUCUUGGUAUGGGACUUAAAUGAAUCCAUUUUUUGAGUAAUAUAUAUGAAUAGAAAGAUAAAUCGGAUAGGAUAGAUGGAUGGAUUUCUCUUUUAAUAUCUAAAAAAUAAUCGAUUGAAUUCAACUUUGAUUCAAAGAACUGCGCUUAGCCCUCCCGCUCAUGAAACGGCUCUGCUGUAAUGGAUGGCAGAGGGUCCGUAGUACCCGAAGCACUGGAGUGAUCCAGUAGCCGAGAAGGGGCCUAGAAGUGCCUACUACGGAACCACACUACACAUUUACAAAGUUCACCCCUGUCCAGUGCCUGGCAGAGCUAAGGGGGCUUCAAUCCUUACUCCUUAUCCCCUCGCCGGGGUCUUACUUAUGAAGGGGGAAGAGUGGAGAGCCUCGAGAAGCACUGUUGAGAGGAAGAUCCUUAUCCCCUCUUCAUUCGGGUUCCAAACCUUUCUUCAACAUAGGUGAGAAUUCACGAGGCAGAGAUGAAAGAGAUCAAACACGGGAAUAAAAAGUUAACUACGUCAAGCCUUUUGAUCAUUUUUAAAGAGGGGGAUGAAGAAAGUGGACAAAACAGACUCGCUUUUCCCAGCAAUCUCUGGUAUGCGGCUUUAGGCUUUCCGCGCGCUCCAUCCCUUGUUGGGCUGGGCCUUUUUUGUCUCGCAUUUAUCAUCGAACAAAUACAGGAAAAGAAUCAUAUUGAAAACGCUCCUAAGCCAAGCCCUUCCUUCAUAGAGCCGUGUAUUGUAAGUGAUCCGAACCUGCCCGGAGCGAUCCUCCCAUAGAGGCAAGUUCAGUUGGUGAGCCGUAUGAUGGGCAACUAUCUCCUGCGGUUCGGAGAGGACUCAGCUGUUAGUUAAUACCCCUUUGGUUUCGGGGUGGACCCUUUCACUCUAUUUUAUUAUAUACGCUUAGCGAAAAGAAUGUUUUUUGAUACACCUAGGACAUGGAUUCUAUAUGAACCAAUGGAUCGUGACAAGUCGUUACUACUAGCAAUGACUUCCUCUUUCAUUACUUUAUUCUUUUCAUAUCCCUCUCCUUUGUUCUCAGUUACUCAUCAAAUGGCACUCAGUUUAUAUCUUUAAGUUCUCUUAUUGACAAGGUUCAAAGAAAGGGUGGGU